AUGGCGCCGGUGAGCGAGCAGCUGGCGCCGCAGGGCGCAGAGGACGGCACCGCCGCCCCCCUGCCCGACCCACCGGCGGCGACCGUGGUAGUAGUGGAUCCGCAGAGGGAGAAUGGCAGCGACUGGUGCCCCGGCAGCGACAGUCCGGCUGCGCCGAGCGGUGCGAACGAAGCCCAGCCGCGGGCAGUGACGGAGGCCCCCGGGAGCGCGGGCUGCUCUGGGAGCGUGGCGCCUGAGCCCCCCGAGGGUGGCUGGGGCUGGGUGGUGAUGCUGGCCGCCAUGUGGUGCAACGGCGCCGUCUUCGGCAUCCAGAACUCGGGCGGAGUCCUCUUCGUCUCCAUGCUCCAGCUCUUCGGCGGCAGCGAGGACAAGCAGAUGACGUUCAAAACAGCAUGGGUGAGCUCUCUUUCUAUGGGGAUGGUCUUCUUCUGUUCUCCAAUAGUCAGCAUAUUCACAGACCUGUUUGGUUGUCGAAAAGUAGCUGUUGUUGGAGCUGCAGUAGGGUUCACUGGACUCCUUGCAAGUUCUUUUGUGAGCACCAUUGAACCUCUCUAUUUCACCUAUGGAAUCUUAUUUGCCUGUGGCUGCUCCUUUGCUUACCAGCCAUCCUUGGUCAUUGUCGGGCACUACUUCAAGAAACGCCUUGGCCUGGUGAACGGCAUCGUCACUGCGGGCAGCAGCUUGUUCACUGUGUCACUGCCCUUCCUCUUGAGAGUUCUGAUCGACUCUGUUGGCCUCUACAACACCCUGAGGGUCCUGUGCAUCCUCAUGUUUGUUCUGUUCCUGGCUGGCUUUACCUACAAACCCCUUAUUCACAGUGACAAAGACAAGGAGGGGGGAAAGAAGGGAAAGUUCAGAUGUUCUUCUGAAAAAAAGAUUUGCAAUUUCUCCAUUUUCAAAAUCCUCAGCUACAGAAUCUGGGCUUUUGGGAUCCCAGCUGCACUUUUUGGAUACUUUGUGCCUUAUGUUCACUUGAUGAAGCAUGUGAAAGACAGAUUUGGUAACAGCGUGCCAGAAGAAGUGCUUCUGCUGUGUCUGGGCAUUACUUCAGGAGUUGGCAGAUUGAUCUUUGGCAGAGUUGCAGAUUAUGUUCCUGGUGCAAAGAAAGUUUAUUUGCAGGUGGCUUCAUUCUUCUUUAUUGGCCUGAUGUCCAUGAUGAUUCCACUCUGCCAUGUCUUUGGAGGUCUCAUUGCUGUAUGUCUCUUCAUGGGCUUGUUUGAUGGGUGCUUCAUUUGCAUUAUGGCUCCUAUUGCCUUUGAGCUUGUUGGGGCUGAAGAUGUCUCCCAGGCCAUAGGAUUUCUACUAGGACUCAUGUCAAUACCUAUGACAGUUGGUCCACCCAUUGCAGGUUUGCUGCGUGAUCUCCUGGGCACCUAUGAUGUAGCCUUCUACCUGGCAGGUGUCCCUCCCAUCAUUGGCGGAGCUGUAUUGUCUUUUAUCCCCUGGGUCCAUGAAAGGCAGAAGUUAAAAGAAAGAGCAAAACCAGUUGAUAGAGAAACUACUGAGAAAAUGCUAGACAAUGAAAGCACUUUGGUGUCAGACACUACAGCCAAGUCAGUCAAAGAAACGGAAUCUGACUUUUGA